GUCUUCUCUUACUCUAAGUAGAACAUAGAACAUGAACAUUUCCAAAUCCAAGUACUACCAUUCUUCAUAGAAAUCACUUGUAAAUUGUAAUACGUGCCCUGAAAUCCAAUCCGUCCAUUAAAUAUUCACUUGAAAACAAUCUGACCCGUUGACACUCCACAACCUUUAUCCUAGAUACCCAAUCCGAGGGUUACGGUUUCGUGCCACACUCACCGAUGGAUUAUAUAAAAAAGAAUCACACAUAACUCUACUCACUCUCUCUCUCUCUCUGUGAUUCCUUCAGUCACUUCCCUCAUUUUUUAACAUUCCCCUCGGCGCUGCGCACCUUUCUCGAUCUCCGAUCUAUAAACCCCACAACACCCUCCUUCCUUCUUUCUCAACCUUACACUCUCUCUCUCUCUCAAAAUAAAUCUCGUUUCUCUCUCCUCUCGUUGGGCCUCUUCAACGGGCUUCCCGGCCCAACGCUACAACCUUUUUUUCUGCUCUUUCGAUUUUUUAGGGUUUUCGCGCGCUCCCCCUUUCUUCUUCUCCUGGAUCUGCUAGGAGAAGUGCUGCAUGCUCUGAACUUCCUUCCAUACUCUUAGAGAUGGCGUCUUCGUAUCCCGGUUCCGUUAGUGCCGCGCAGGUUGGUUCCUACUUCGUGGGACAGUACUACCAGAUUCUUCGCCAGCAACCGAAUCUUGUUCACCAGUUUUACUCCGAUUCCAGCAGCAUGAUUCGCGUCGACGGAGAUUCAGUUGAAACCGCGCACGAUGUGUUGCAAAUUCAUUCAAUUGUAUCGUUACUGAAUUUUACUACGAUUGAAAUCAAGACAAUUAAUUCUCUUGACUCUUGGGAUGGAGGUGUGCUUGUGAUGGUCUCAGGUUUUGUGAAGAUAAAGGAUAUCAGUGGGAAGCGGAAGUUUGUUCAAACUUUCUUUCUUGCUCCUCAGGAGAAGGGUUACUUUGUAAUGAAUGAUAUGUUUCAUUACAUUGAUGAUGAAGUAACGUACCCAAAUCUGGUACCAGUGGCAUCUGAAACCAUUGACACACAACCACAUCUUUCUGCUUCACUUGCUGAGCCACCAGCAGUUUCAGACUACGGUUUGGAGGAAGAAGCCAGGGAAUAUGUCAACUCAGUUCAUAUAGAUGAUGAUCCAGUGGACGAGUAUAGUCUUCCUGAGCACCAGCAGCAGCUACAAGAAGAACUUGAAACCGAAAUUGUGGAGGAGGAAACUCCCGUACAGGAGGCAUCUCCACCAAUUCAUAGCAUUGGACACACUGUCCAAGAACCCCCUGUUGCUCUUGUGGAAGAGUCCUUUGAGGAGCCUCCUAAGAAAACAUAUGCAUCUAUUUUACGAGUUUCCAAAGGGCAGCCAGUGUUGUCAGCUGCUCCACAGUAUGCUCCACAACAUUCUUUUAAAAGUGCCCCACCUCCUUCCGAGUUGAACCAUGUAGCACAGCCUGCUGUUCAGCAGUCAAGCUCUGCAUCUAUGUAUGUUCCUGAGUCAGGGAUUGAGGCCGCAGAAGAAGGCUAUGGACUAGAAGAAGAAGAUGAAGUAACAUCUGUCUAUGUUAGAAACUUGCCCGCUAAUGUUACUGAAGCAGAGAUUGACCAGGAAUUUAAGAAUUUUGGCAGAAUUAAGCCUGAUGGAAUAUUCAUUAGGGUCCGAAAGGAAAUUGGAGUCUGCUAUGCAUUUGUGGAAUUUGAAGACAUUGUUGGUGUUCAAAAUGCACUUCAGGCUUCUCCAAUCCAAUUGGCUGGAAGACAAGUAUACAUAGAGGAGCGGAGGCCAAACAGUGUCGGUGCAGCUCGGGGAGGAAGAAGGGGAAGAGGCAGAGGCAGUUAUCAAGCAGAUGCUCCGAGAGGGCGUUUUGGUGGUAGGAGCAUGGGAAGGGGAGGUAAUCAGGAUAGUUCAGACUACACCAGACUAAGAGGCGAUGGUUAUCUUCAGCGUGGUUCCCGAUGAGGAAAAUGUGGCAUAAACGCAUGCACUAAGAUGCCAUUCAAGGGUUUAUACAAUUAGCGAAGUCUGUGCUUGGCGUGGGUAUUUUUACUACAGAACAUUUUCUUCUGUGGUUUCACAUAAAGUAGUCUUACGUUUUGGGUGCGUCUUUUUCAAGUAAAAGCCAUUGAGACUUAAACUAGUUUGUUUUUCAUAGAUCAAUUGGUUCCCCCUUGAAUGUUAUUUAUUAUGCCAUUCAGGUGGGAAGUUUUGGUUGUUUGUAUUGUACCAUGUUUGGAUUGUGGGGGCCUUUUAAUGAGAGAAGGGGUGUUGAAAGUAACAAAGUGGUUUAGACAUCAAUAGAGGCUGUGCUUCAUUAUCAGAGAUGUUGCUGUGCAUUGUUGUGUGCAUCAGCUCGUUGCCUUUGACUUGUUUUUGAUAGUACCAUGAGAAUCUUAUAAUUUCUUUCUUUCUAAUUUUGGGCAUUGUUGGCAUGAA